AAGAAAUGAAAUACUUGCAUAUAUAUUAUUAAGGAGAAAUACAAUCUGUACUAUGUAGUGCUUCAAUUAUGUAAAAAAGAGUAAUGCAACAACUUGGUACUUUGAUACUAAAAUAAAAGGUUUGGAAUCCUAGGUUAAGGUGGAGCUAGUUAGCACUAAUUAGCAACAACUCCUCCAACUUAUUAGGUACAAACAAAACCUACUCCUCCAUAAUCAAAAAACACUAAUCAAUACUUAAUCAAACUGCUCCUCCAAUUCUCCCAUCUAUAAAUUCCUUAACCCCACCACACUUGUUUCUCAUCACAAAAACACACAGACACACACACACAAUCAUUAUCACAUUCGACAAGAAUAUAUAAUUCAGCAACCUCGGAGUCGAGAACCGAUGGAUUCCACAAAGAGCACCGAAGAAACCGCUAUCAACAUUCCCCGCGAGUCGAGCUCCACUAAACACAAAAUUGCUGUUGCCGCCGUGAAGGCGGUGGCAACUCCACACAAGCGGGGCGGCAUGAAAAGAGGAGUGGCCAUCUUCGACUUUAUUCUGAGGAUAUGCGCACUUGCCGCUGCUUUGGCCGCCACCGCCACCAUGGGAACCACCGACCAAACGCUUCCUUUCUUCACUCAGUUCUUCCAGUUUCAAGCCAGCUACGACGACCUCCCCACCUUCACGUUCUUCGUGAUAGCGAACGCUAUUGCGAGCGGCUACUUGGUACUAUCCUUGCCUUUCUCCAUUGUUGCCAUUGUCCGUCCACAUGUAACUGGAGUGAAGCUUCUCCUCCUCAUCCUUGACACAGUGCUGGUGGCGUUCACUACUGCUGCGGCAGCUUCGGCGGCGGCCAUUGUGUACCUGGCACACAACGGGAAUUCGAACACCAACUGGUUCGCCAUUUGCCAGCAGUUCAACGACUUCUGCCAGCGUACUAGCGGCGCCGUGGUGGCUUCCUUCAUUGCCGCGGCCAUCUUUAUAUUCUUGGUUGUGCUUUCUGCUGUGGCUCUUCGCAGGCACUGAGAUUCAGACGAUGUAUAUAUAUAUAUAUAUAUAUAUAUAUAUAUAUAUAUAUAUAUAUAUAU